AUGAAAUUUUUCAUUUACGUUUGUUGUUUAUCGUUGUUUGUUGUCAGUAGUUUUGCUGCACCUGCUCCAGAAUCAUCAUCGCCGGAAGAGCAACCAAAACCACCGCAGGAGCCACAACCGGUAGAAAUUGCCGUAUCGAAUGAAGAAAGAAUAUCGAGUAGAAAUAGCAGUGGUCAAGAUGCAUCAUCCGCCGCUAUUCGAAUUCCAGUUGAUAAUGCUAAUAAAUUAUUAUAUGAUUUAGAUGCCCAAGUACGACAAUUAUUCGAUGAUACAACAAUGAUACCGAUGAAAGAAGAAAAAAGUGAUGAUAAUGGUGAAAUGAUGAUUGAUGAUGUACAAAGUUAUAGUGCUGCUGCUGCUAAUCGUGAAUUGGAUUUAUUUCCAAGACAAACUGAAUCGAAUGCACAACAAGCAUCAUUAUUAUUGCAGUUGGAAAAUUUAGAAAAACGUUUAUUGGCAACAAUCAAUGAAUUACAAACAAGACGUCGUUAUUUUUCAUCAACAAUGUUACGACAAAUGUAUAAUUCUGUUCAUAGAAUUCGUGUAAAUAUUAGCCGUAUACAGAAUCAAUUUUCCGCACCACAAUCACAAUCACAAUCAAGUGGUGGAAUGGGUGGUACACGUCCAGGACAAUCUGGUAUGAUGCAAAAUCUUCAACAACGUGUUACUGAUUUACAAAAAGCAGUAAAUGAUAUUAUUAAUCGUGUAACAAGUACAUUUCAACCAAAUGCAUCGAAACCAACAACCGGUGGUGGUAGUGGACAUCAUCAUCAAUUAAUGCAGCAGUAAAAUUUUUCGUUAAGAAAAGAAAUUUAUUUAUUUAUUUUACACACAA